AUGUCUGGCGAAUCUGCAGCAACGCCGGAGAACACGCUCUUCUUCCAAGCAUUUGAAUGGCACACAGCCUCGCAACCCCCUCCACCCCACGAGACACGCUCGGAAAAUUCGCAUUGGAGCCGCCUAGCUAGACUUGUACCCAAGUGGAAAGAGCUGGGUGUGAGUUCAAUCUGGGUUCCGCCAGGCUGCAAAGCCAAUGCACCGCAAGGGAAUGGUUACGACUGCUACGACCUGUGGGAUCUGGGUGAAUUCGAUCAAAAGUGGACGAGAAGUACAAAAUGGGGUUCGAAAGAAGAGUUGGAUGAGCUCGUGAGGGUUGCUGGAGAGGUCGGAGUGGACGUGGUAUGGGACACUGUGUUGAACCACAAAACGGCUGGUGACAGGACGGAUGAGUGCUGGGCUGUGGAGGUCGAUCAAGGAGAUCGCAGAGUCGAAACAUGUGCUCCCCGCAAGAUUGAAGCUUGGCUGCGAUAUGACUUUCCAGGACGUGAACGGGACGGUAUGAAGUAUUCCUCCAUGAAGUGGACGGCCGAACAUUUUAGUGGCACAGACUGGUGUCAAAGGAUGCAACGGAACGCAAUCUACAAGAUUAUUGACGACCCUGYGACAUAUCCCAAGCCCAACCAGGAACAACUCCCUAUCCCCAGCAAGUCUACACUAGGCUUCAACAGACUGGCCAGGUUUGCAAAGGAAGCAGUCUCGAACGCCCUACAGGAUCCUUCCGAACGAAAGCUAGCUGCCAGAAGGCCGGGCAAAGGAUGGGCUGAAGACGUCGACAAGUUACAUGGCAAUUACGACUACCUGAUGUUCUCGAAUGUAUACUACGCGCAUCCUGAGGUCCGCCGUGACGUUCUCAAUUGGGGACAGUGGAUGGUGCACGACAUAGGUGUUUGUGGAUUCCGGCUGGACGCAGCGCAGCACAUUCCACGAAACUUCAUUCGCGAAUGGAUCGCGACCGUUCAGAACAGCAGCGUACGUCGACACAACAAAGACGUAUUCAUCGUGGGGGAGUUUUGGUCAUCCAAAGCCCAAGGUUUACUUGACUGGAUCGAUGCUGUCACUCCUCCCGGCUCAGCUGUCCUUGCUCAUGCUUUCGAUACGCCGUUGCUGUACAGUUUCUCGCGGGUUUCCGAGGAUGUGCGCAAAGGGAGCAAGAAUGCAGAUCUGCGGACCUUACUUCCUGGACCCGGUGAGUCUGGCAAGCAAGCUCUGGUUACAUUGCGUCCUAGGCAGGCUGUGACAUUUGUAACCAACCACGACACUCAGCCUGGACAAUCUAGCUAUACUCCCAUGGGAUCGACCAUCAAGUCACUAUUCUAUGCAUUUAUCCUAUUGAGACAAGAAGGCCAUCCGAGCGUCUUUUGGGGAGACGUGUACGGCACGCUGGGCGACAAGUCUCAGGGCCCAGCUUGUYAAGUGCCCUGCCAGAGCCUUACCAACAUGACGAGGUCUAUUCUGCCAUCUUUGAUGCUAGUGCGGAAGCUGUUUGCGUAUGGCGCUCAGAGAGAUUACCUCGAUAGCAUGUCAUGCAUCGGCUGGACACGCGCUGGCACGCAUGACAGACCCGGGUGCGCGGUGGUCAUGAGUAUUGGCUCGGCGGAUAAGUGGACUAUCAAGAAAAUGGCAGCUGGCAGACCUGGUGAAAGAUGGAUCGAUAUUCUCAGUGAGGAAGAAGGCAGGCCGGAGAUCGUCAUUGAUGAUGAUGGCUGUGGUGUGUUUGCCUGUCGAGGCAUGGGCGUUUGCAUCUACGUUCAUGCAGACGUGUUGUCCACGGGGAUGUUUCCUGUUGAAUUCGAUCACGAUGCAUAUCGGCAGUAG